AGGACUCUUUCUCUCUCUACUCUCUUCUCUCUUCUCUCUCUUUGCAUCUCUCUUUCACACACAACACACACUGCGAAAUCUCAGCUCUCCACCUCACUAAUCUCAGAGGCCACAAAUCUCUCCCCGUUCCCUUAAACCUCAAGCCCCGCCAUAAAUCUUCUUGAUUUUUACAUUCAGCAAUGCCGGCGUCCUCAUCUGAAACAAGAGCCCGAUGGAGAAAAAGGAAGAGGGAUCAAGCUGCUGCAAGGAGAUCCAAAUUGAAAGAGCAUGAAGAAGAUGCAAUGGAGGACAUAGAGGAGGAGGAGGACGCUGAUCUUGACCCUCCCAACCACCUCCAGGAAGGGGAAGAUGAUCCCCAGCACCACACAGAGAUGACUCAUAUCUCUGGUGAAAGAGAGAGUGAGAAACUGGUUGAUGGGGGUGUCCGGAUCUGUGAUUUCCCAAUUGCAAUCCGAAGGGAAGUGAAUAGGCCACACUCAUCUGUUUUCAGGAUUGUGGAUGCUGAGAGAUCUACUCUGAAUGGUGGGAGCAGCAGGCAUGGGCAAGGUGGAGUGCCCAUGUUGGAGAAUAUUUCACAUGGGCAGCGGCAAGUUCUAUCAGCCGUGCCCCGCGAUAGUCCAAUCCUUUUGGGGUAUCAGCAAGAUGAGGCUGCUAGCUGCAGUGGGGCUGGGUCGUAUGUCAUUGCUCCUCCCAGGAUUGCUGCUGGCAGCGGCAUGUGCAAGAGGCUGGGGUCUGCAGGCCGCCCUCAUUCUUUGCCAGUUCAUUCUGAGUGGUUUUCACUGCAAGCCGUUCACCGACUGGAGAGACAGGUUGUGCCGAACUUUUUCACUGGGAAGUCAGCCGAGCACACCCCAGAAAAGUACAUGGCAGCCCGAAACUCCAUUGUUGCUGGAUACAUGGAGAACCCCGAAAGGAACCUGACAGUUGCUGACUGCCAUGGGAUGGUAGCUGAUAUCGAGGAGGAAGAUUUGAGUCGGCUUGUAAGGUUCCUGAAUCACUGGGGAAUCAUCAACUAUUGUGCUACCUCACCUAGUCAUGAGGCCCAAAGGGAUGGGACUUACUUGUGUGAGGACACAAAUAAUGAACUUCUUGUGCCUUCUGCUGCCUUGAAUUCUAUUGAUGGUUUGAUCAAGUUUGACAGCCCAAAGUGUAGGUUCAAAGCCUCUGAUGUUUAUCCAGAGCUAGCAAGUCAAGCCGCGGAUAAAUCUGACUUUGACAGUACCAUCAGAGAGCAUUUGUCUGAACGUUGCUGCAGUUGUUGUUUUCGGUCCAUUCCGACAGUCUAUUACCAAUCUCAAAAGGAGGUUGAUGUCCGCUUGUGUUCUGAUUGUUUUCAUGAGGGAGGAUUUGUUCCUGGUCAUUCAAGCCUUGAUUUUGUGAAGGAAAACUCCAUGAAGGAUUAUGGAGAGUCUGAUGGGGAUAGUUGGAGCGACCAAGAGAUUUUUGAUCUGCUGGAAGGAGUCCAGCUUUACUCCGAAGAUUGGAAUAAAAUUGCUGAGUUUGUUGGAUCAAAGUCAAAAUCUCAGUGUAUUCUUCAAUUUCUCCGUCUUCCUCUUGAUGGCGCACCGUUGGAUGAUAUUGAGGUUCCAAGCACAUCUGGAUCGUCAAGGAAGGAUUCCGAACCAAAUUCAAAUGGUUCCUCUUCGAAAGACGAUGGUAUGGAAAGCAAGUUACCAUUUUCAAGUUCUGGAAAUCCGGUGAUGCACCUGGUUGCAUUUCUCGCGUCUGCAUUGGGGCCAAGGGUGGCUGCAGCUUGUGCACAUGCAUCCUUGGCUUCAUUAUCGAAGGACAGCCGAGACGAAAGUCCUAAUCCAGAAGAGGGUGCAGUAUCUGCUGCAAAUGUGAGGGCUGCUGCAGAAGAAGGCCUUAUAGCUGCAGCCUUGAAAGCCAAGCUUUUUGCAGACCAUGAGGAGCGGGAAAUUCAGCGGUUGUCUGCAAAUAUUGUUAAUCACCAGUUGAAGAGAUUAGAGCUGAAGCUGAAGCAGUUUGCUGAGAUCGAGACGCUGCUGAUGAGGGAGUGCGAACAGAUGGAAAGGGCGAGGCAGAGGAUUGCUUCGGAGCGUGAGCUUUUGGCAUCAUCACAGUUUGGAUACGGCGGGGUCCCUCGACCUUUGGGCACACCAGGCGUCGCUGCUACUGCUACAAUGAACACUAGUGCAGGAAAUAGCAGGCAGCCGCAGCAAGUUCCAGGCUCGCAGCAGCCUUUUAUGGGUGGAUAUGGCAACAACCAGCCGAUGCACCCUCACCUUGCCCUGAUGCAGCAGCCCGGGGCAGUGAGUCUGGCUGCGAGGAUGCCCAUGUCAACCCGGCAGCCAUCACCAUCAUCAGCUUCUAGCUCAGGAAUGUUCAACCCGGCUUCCACCCUGCAGUCUAUCCCCGGCCAUCCGAGCUCAGGCCUGGUCCGUCCCGUGGAAAGCCGAGUUCAGGCGAUCUUACAGUCAGUAGGUUGUGGUCCCCCAAUAAUGGACCAUUUAUACACGAUAUAUAUGUGGGUUGGUGGGUAUAAUGAGUGGGAGGGCCCAUGUCGUCGCUAUAGGGGUGGUAGGAGUGUUUGGUUUCCAAAUAUUGACAAGGAUCAAAUUUAUUACCGUGCUCUCUUGGAUAUGUAUGUCCGCCCUGGGGGAAGAGCAGGGGUUGUAGAACUGACACAUUGGAACCUGAUGUCAUGGAGCUAAUCUUCGAGGUCCGAUUUACACAAUUAGAUGCGACGAAGAUGUUUUGGAAAUGUUCAAGAUCCAUUACGGGAAAACUAUGAUUUCCAUGUACGCCGAUGAUAAAGGCUUUCCAAUGAGAGUAUGCAAUCAGAACGGGCAUCUAACAAGGAAUCCUGAAACGGAUGUACAAUAUCUAGAGUGGCGUAGCGAAGUAGGGGAAACCAGGGGUCCGGCCCACGCGCCUGUUAGGCAAGAUGAUGACAGUGAGGAUGUUACUAAUGACGUGGUUGUUGACGAUGCAAUGGUCAUGGAUGAUAUGUGCGGGCUUAGGAAUGAUGAUUUUUAAAUCGAAGGAGUUGAGGACUUAACAUAUGGAUUUGAUCCGCACGACGAACAAGUGGAUCAAAAAGGAAAAAGUAUUGCACAGUCGGGAACGGAGGAGGAGGAGAGCGAUUGUGACGAUGAGGACGAUGAGAGCCAGGGGGUUUCGAGUUCAUGGGUGAUGAGGAGCAACUUUGGACGGAUUAUACCGAAGGAGUGCGAGGUCAUAGUUGGCACCAAGCGGAGCAUGCAAGCCCUGUCGAUGAGGGUGUCGAUGGAGAGCCAUGGAUGGAUUACAAUGAAGGAAUGGGAGUUCGUGGUUCGCACGAGCUGGAGCACGCAAGCCCUGUCGAUGAGGGUGACGAGGAUGACGGUCACAACACUGAUGCCGACGAAUACUGAAAGGAUUUACGAAUUUAUCGAGAGCGGCAGAAGGAGACUGCAUGUGAAAUGGAGCAUUACGAAUAA